AUGGCCAAGACUUGGUGUCAAUUGCAUCUUUGUGAUCCCUUUCCAACUCUGCAGGUAAAUCCAGCCCAGGAAAGGUACUGGCUGCAUGUCAGCUCUGACGCUAGCAGAUUUGCACUCAUCUGGAAAUACGGUGGGAUCUACAUGGACACCGAUGUCAUCUCCAUCAGGCCUAUUCAAGUGGAAAACUUCCUGACAGCCGAGGCAUCCCAGGUCUCUGGCAGUGCGAUUUUUGGCUUUUCUCGCCAUCACGGGUUCCUCUGGGAUUGCAUGGAGGAUUUUGUUCAAAACUACAAAGGACACAUUUGGGGCUACCAAGGUCCUGGCUUACUGACAAGGAGGCUUAAAGCGUUGUGCAGCCUGACCAAUUUCCAGAACAUGGAGGAUAUAAACUGCCAGAACAUUUCCUUCCUGCAUCCUCAGCGUUUCUACCCCAUCCCCUACUCGGCAUGGAAUCGGUACUUCGAGGUCUGGGAGAAGAUGCCGAACUUCAACAACUCCUAUUCUCUGCAUCUGUGGAACUACAUGAACCGGGAACACAAGCCUGUGGUUGCAGGAAGUAACACCUUAGUGGAAAACCUCUUCAAAACAUACUGCCCCACCACGUACAAGGUCCUUAUUCAAGGCCCAGAAGGCAGUGGUCCAUAUGGAACAAAACAAGACUGAAUGAUGGCAUCUAGAAUAAUGAGGUAACCUUUCUAGCCCUGAGAGUCCGGUAAUUAAAAUAAAUUGUGCGCAACACAGAUCUCUUCUGCGUCAGUGACUCAGAAUACAGCUCUUCUUCCAAGUUUCCCCAGGACCUAAUGAAUUGAGUAGGAAGAUAGGGGUAUAAAUACAAUUUUUGCCUCUCCUUUGCUUCAGCUCUGGACCCUGCCGUCUGCACAGCGACAUUUUAAAUGUCUCUAUAAAUAAAAGCUCCACCCCA